AUGACAGCUCCAUCGACACCAGACAUGAAGCAUGCGAAGGAUGACCGGCCGGCCUCGGAACACGACGUUGAUGUGGGGGAAGCCACGGUCCGCCAUGACGCCGAUGAUCUCCACCGCGCCCUCAAGCCCCGUCAGGUCGACAUGCUUGCCAUUGCUGGCGCAAUUGGAACCGGGUUGAUCAUUGGUUCCGGUUCCGGGCUCGCGCAUGGAGGUCCCGCCAGUUUGCUGAUCGCAUACAUGCUGAUUGGCGCCGUCGUGUACUUCGUCAUGACAGCUAUGGGGGAGAUGGCGACGUGGCUGCCAAUGAAGAAAGGCUUCGCUGGCUAUGCUACACGCUUCGUAGAUCCGGCCUUUGGCUUCGCGACUGGAUGGAACUACUUCUUCAAGUACGCCAUCGUCCUGCCAAACAACCUCACUGCAGCCGGAAUCAUCCUGCAGUACUGGCGGCCUGACAUCAACGUUGCUGUUUGGAUCACCGUCUUUGGCGUGGUCAUCAUCCUGCUGAAUGUCCUCCACGUACGCUGGUUCGGCGAAGCCGAGUUCUGGCUCUCAGCCAUCAAAGUCGUCGUGCUUCUGGGCCUCAUUCUGGCAUGCCUGGUCAUCUCUCUCGGCGGCUCGCCCUCACACGACCGCAUCGGCUUCCGCUACUGGCGCGACCCAGGCGCCUUCGCGCCAUACCUCGCCGAAGGCUCCACUGGGAAGUUUCUGGGGUUCUGGGCGUGCGUUGUGCAGGCCUGCUUUGCGUACACCGGAACCGAGAUCAUCGGCGCCGCGUUCGGCGAGGUGCCGAAUCCGAGGAAGAACGUGCCGAAGACGGUCAGGCAGACGUUGCUGCGCAUCUGCUGCUUUUACGUCCUGGGCGUUUUUGUGCUGGGCAUGGCGGUGCCGUAUGACAACGAGCGGCUCAUCGGAGCAACGAAGGAGAAAACCAGCGCUGCCGCCUCGCCCUUCGUCGUCGCCAUCACCCUCGCCCGUAUCAAGGUCCUGCCCGACAUCGUCAAUGGCGCGCUAUUGGUAUUCGUCAUCAGUGCCGCCAAUUCGGAUAUCUACGUCGCAUCGCGCGCCCUCUUCGGCAUGGCCAAAGACGGCCAGGCACCCGCUCUGUUCAAGCGCACCACCGCUGCCGGCGUCCCGCUCGCCGGCGUCGCCGCUGCAGCCCUGUUCAUCCUGCUCGGCUACAUGAACGUCAGCAAAUCGGCUUCCACCGUCUUCGGCUACUUUGUCAGCCUGGUCACUGUGUUCGGCACGCUGAAUUGGGUCAGCAUUCUGGUGUCAUAUCUGUGCAUGCGCCGCGGGAUGCUGGCGCAGGGCGUGGAUAUGCGGGAGCUGCCGUACAGAGAUCCGUUGCAGCCGUAUGGCGCGUGGUUUGCGCUGGUUGUGACCGUGUUGGUGAUCUUUUUCAAUGGGUUUACUGCGUUUGUUCCGCAUUUUAAGGCGGAUACAUUUGUUACGAGUUAUAUUGGUGUUGUCGUGUACUUGGCGAACAUUGUGUGGUGGAAGUGCUUUAAAGGGACGAAGCGAGUGCAGCCCAAUGCUAUGGAUUUGGGUAAGGAGUAA